ACCCUCACGCUGCUGACCGCCAGCCAAUCAGCGGCGCCGCUGCCCGCCAGCCAAUCAACACGGCCGGCCAAGGGUCACGUUGUACACCGCUGCAGGACGCGGAAGGCUCCAUUAUUCCGUCCAGAACCAGAUCGAACCAGGAUGUCCGAGCUCCAGGGGAAGUUUGAUGCUGCAGCCGCCCAGGUGAAGCAGCUGAAGGCCAAGCCGGCAGAUGAGGAGAUGCUGAAGGUGUACUCGCUCUUCAAGCAGGCCUCGGUGGGGGACGUCAAUACAGCUCGUCCAGGGAUGCUGGACUUCACUGGGAAGGCCAAAUGGGACGCCUGGGAGAAGCAGAAAGGGAAGAGCAAAGAUGACGCCAUGAAUGAGUACAUCCAGCUGGUGGAGGAGCUGAAGCAGAAGUACGGGAUCUGAGAACUCUCUCUGCCCCGUCCACAUCCCAGCCAUGUGAAACGCCUUAAAGUAUGAGGAGCAGCGGAACACGGCUCGCCGGGGAACGGGAUUCUUCUGUACCCGGGAGUCCAGCCAUCUCACAAUAAAAGCACUCUUCUAAAAAACUGGUUUGUGGUCCUGCGGUCCGGUUUCCUUUGGUGUGAAUCACAAUCUGCUUCCAGGAUUUAAGUGAAACAAGUAAAUAAACAUUUGUAGCUGGUGAUGAUCAAGGUUGGAGGACUGAUGGUGGUUCCCAUAGAAACAAUUUUCAGGUGCCAAUAAAUUGUGACUUUAAAUCCAUUUGACCAAAUGUUUGGUGUGAGAGAUUUCUCUCCCUCUUUCUGUUUAGCUGCUGAAAUGGGAACAUGCGUUUCCUAAUUCUAGCGACCCACCUGACCGGCUGGUUGUAAACAUGAUGCAAGUUCAUAAAGAGAAUAAAGGUUUCACACACCUCAA